GAGUGUAACACGCCCAAUCCUACGGAGCUUCCAAAGGGUUAAACACUUUUCUUUCAUGCUGCCUUUUUUAGAGGCAUUUUAUCUUUUUUUUUCAAUCAAUUUACUUCUUAACAAAAACAUGAUUAUUUUAUUAAGUGUAACAGAGGCUAGCAAUCCUCGUUUUCAAUCAAUUUCAAAGAAUUAUUCGAUUAUUAUCCAAACGCGUGACGAUAAAUAAGGGUAAGUUCUUGUGAGUUGUCGUACUCAAGAGAUUGUGUUCUCUCAAAAAUCUAUAGUUUUUUGUUUGAAGAUUGUGUUUAUUCUUAUUGCUUAUAUUUUACAAAACUGUGCUUCACGAAUCGUAUAAUUAAUGGCAUAUCGCCAGGAUGCUAUCCAUCUAGCUAGACAUUUCCGUUACAUCUCAUUCUCCAUCACAUUUUAUAUGUAAUCGUAUGCAAAAUACUCACAGGAACCAAAACAAUCAAUCAAAGAGGCUAGCCAAAUCCCCAUUUUUUUUCUUUCAUAUUUUAUUUGAGUGAGGUUUAUCAUUUUAAUUUAUUUAGCAAAUUUAAGCGAUCAUCAUUCCAUAAAAAAAUACUCGCAUCGUGAUGAUUCUUCAUACCUAAUACUAUCGUACAUUUUUCAAUCUAUCAUCCGGUUGAGCUGAGUACGUUUCAUAUGAAUGUCCAGUGAGGAUAGUCGUUUAGUGAGGAUAGAAAAUGAAAAACGUUGUGUGUAAACCAUUUUUUAACCCAUGGCUUCAUUUUCAGUUGUAUUGAAGAAUCAACUAAGCGAAUCGAUUGACAUGAUAUGAAGAAUGUAAGCAUACUUGUUCAAGCAUAUAUUCCCUAAUCAAAAUUACAAGAGUUACUAUUACCGAAAAGUGCAGUGGUGAAUGACGCACAUGUAGAACAUGGUAGCAUCAUCACGAUAAAAAGAGCUCCUUCGAUGAGACUUUAUAGCAGUAGGAAAAGAAACUACAAAACAUAAAAGAGUUGCCUUAAAAUGAACACAAUAUUAAAAAAAACAUACUAAAAGCUUCGAUUUGUAGGACAGCGGAUGCUGGUCUAGUGCGCUCUAUUUCUCAGUGAAAUGAUUGAAUCUCAGUGCUGGUGCAGGAAUCGUGUAGGAAAAGUGGUGUAACGAUCUUAUCUAGGUCAAGUCAUGAUCAGUGGGUUUGUUCACUAAAUAUUAAUUAUUUCCAAACGAAAUUCAACGGGCAGCAAUCGCAUUCCACUUCAGUACUUAAAUUUGCCGGUGAACCUAGGUGAAAUAUGCGAAUAUUGGUUUGUUCUACCAAAUAUUUAACGUUCAAAUAAUUUAAUCGCAUAUUGUAUGAAAUAUUAGAAAUGUAAUACUUAAAUAUUAUGUUCCGGAAGGCUCAGGUUAGGGAUUUAUGUUUUCCGAAUAUUGCGGCAUAUUCUUAUUCAUUACAAUUGUGGAAUCCAAGUUACUUAAGCUAGAAUCUUAUUUUAACGAAUGAUGUAUUUCUAUCUUUAAUUGCCGAACCUUACACCACUCCGUUGCGCAAUCUAAGGAAAUCAGUACUGUAAAGUAAUUUAGAUGAGUACAAAACCACCCAAACAUUGCAUGGAUUUACAAAAGCUCACACAUCAUUGAGUUUAUUUAUAGCGUACUUGUGUUUCGAAAAUAAUCGUUCAUUCCAAUUGCAACAUCAGUCAUUCUCUUCACAGUUGAAGUUGAAUUUCAACCGAUGCAGAUGAAGUAAAAACAGAUAAAAAAAAAAGAGAAAGAAAAACAAUCCCUAUGAAAGCCACUAAACAACACGAAAUAGCUCAGGCCGAUAAAACUUAGAUUGCAAAUUGCAAUCAUUAUUUUAUAUCUAUGAGAAUUCCAAAAAUUCUCGUAUUACGUUUGCUGUGGUGAUAUAAAGGAAUCUUAAAUGGAAUGUAACGGCGAAAACGUUUUUGUUGGAAAUGUUACGUAUUUAUUUGUUGUCUAAUCGAAAUUGAUCUCAACGAUGGUUUCCUUUAUAUACAUACUUUUUGUUUCUAUUUAUUUUAUCAAUCUGAACUCAAUUCACUUGAUUACAUUCACCACCUCGAAGAAUCAUUCCAUACUUUUUUAUGUUCUUUAUGACGAAAAACUAUUAUCGCUCGGUGCCGUUUUGUAACCCAGGAUGUACUGUAAAUCCCAUGACAAUAGUUUGCUUUGAAGAGCAUAUCGAAGGAGAUUAAUAAAUCAUGCAAUGUGCAGAGUGUGGUUCACAACGUUUAGGUUAGAGCAUCAUAUGUAAACGAUAAAAAUUAAGUUUAAUUAAGGGCGCAAUAUCAUCUCAAGGCUUGCAAAACAAACGCUCUGGUUCAAAACUCGUUUAAGCUUCCACUAAUCAACGCGAUAGGACGAAACUAAUGUUCAUGACAGCUGAAUAAUCUACGAUUAGUUAGUGACGUUAAGGGCUUUUUUGCUUUAAGCUAUUUACAGUUAGCGGAAAAACGACUCUCUUUUGAUUGACGUUAAAGAUUGAGUUUACGGAAAAGGCAAUAAAAUGAAGUGUGUCCGUUUGGUUCAUGCAUUCGUUUGAUGCGGCGUUUCAAAAUUGCAUUUAUUGUUUUACAUUCUUCCAUGUGCUCCAUAUUUCUAUUCUCGUAUGA